AUGGCCACCACUUCUUCAUCGUCCCGGAAAGUCGUCAUUAUUACUGGAGCCACGAACGGUAUUGGUCGCGACCUCGCCGAGCGUCUACACGCACGAGGAUACAAUGUAGCCAUUACCGGGCGGCGCGUGCAGGAAGGAGAAAAGUUCGCAGCGCAGCUGGACCCAAAGGGUGACACUUCGUUGUUCGUUGAGUGCCACGUGCAAGACUACGACUCUCAGGUGGCCCUCUUCAGGACGGUAUGGCGCAAGUGGGCGCGGCUAGAUGGGUUCAUUGCCAAUGCCGGGAUAGUCGACGUGGGCACGCGAUACAACCUGGCCCGCAAGGACGCGUCCGUCGACGAUAUCCCGCCGCGUCCGGACCUCAGCUGCACUGAUGCCGACUUCAAGGGCGUGGUGUAUGGAACGGAGCUGGCGGUGCACUAUAUGCGCCACAACCCCGGUGGCAGUAGAGGCAAGAUCAUUGUCACGGGGAGCAUCGCAGCCAUCUACCCGUUGCCUACCCUCCCUGAGUACUGCGCUGCCAAGGCCGCCGUAUUGCAGUGGGUGCGUGUGAUGGCUCCGAUGCUAGGGCAAGAAGAAAUCACCAUUAAUGUUGUCCUCCCGAAUGGGUACAACACCGGUAUCUUGCCCAAUUUCGAGGAGGCCUACCUCGAUAAGCACCUGACAAAGAAAGAAUGCUUGAUGUCUGCCUACGAUAUCUUUCUCGAGGAUGAGAAAAACGAGAAGAACGGGCAAGCCAUCGAGACGGCCCACGAGUCCCAUUACUUCCACGAUGUGCCCCCAUACAAGAGUGGCCAUGUGAUAGAGAGGACAGACAAAGUCUAUGAACCUUGGUUUGAGAUGAUGCAUCACCAUCGGAGCGGGUUGGAAAACUCCUAUAAAGAACCUCUGAGGAAGCUAGCAUAG